AUUCAUUCUUGUCUGCUCUCAAUCGUCGGUUGUCAUUGAGACGAGUCGUGAAGAAAAUAAAUUGUAAAAUUGUAAAGUUUUAAAGUUUCCUUCCAGUGUUCAGCUCAUUUCUAAUAGAUCUCCAAAAAUUAUUUAGUCUUUGCUAUAGAAAAUAAUAGGCAUUGUGGUUUUCUGUGGAGUUUUCGCUUAAUCAAAGCUGUAUGCGUGCGAAAAUUCUAUAAACCAUAGAGGAGUCAGAGUAACGAAACGACACCAAACGCGAAUUGGUUGAGGUGUGUUUGUUCAUUGGUGUGGUGCGGCGGAACACACACAGGCGCACAAGUAAAAGGAAAAACUCAAAAAAAGAAACUCAAAGUAAAAAGUUCCCAUUUAAUAUUUCUUCUUUGCACUACUGUAGUUUCGAAAGUGUGAUUAUAUAUAACAAAAGAAAACAAAUAAGAAAUUGGAAAUAACAAGGUGCAUACCUUUAAAAAAGAGAUUAAAUUCACAUUAAAGUGAAUUUGAGCUUGAAAUCUGAAGUAACUAACAUCACCAGCAUCAAGAAAAUUCGAACAAAAUGUCUGCAGAACGUGAAAUACCAGCGGAGGACAGUAUUAAAGUCGUUUGUCGUUUUCGUCCAUUGAACGACAGCGAGGAAAGAGCCGGCUCAAAAUUUAUUGUUAAAUUUCCCAACAGUGCUGAGGAGAACUGUCUGUCCAUAGGGGGUAAAGUGUAUCUUUUCGACAAAGUCUUCAAACCGAAUGCAUCGCAAGAAAAAGUGUACAAUGAAGCGGCUAAAUCCAUUGUCACUGAUGUCUUGGCCGGUUAUAAUGGAACGAUUUUUGCCUAUGGUCAAACCUCUUCGGGUAAAACACAUACCAUGGAGGGUGUCAUUGGUGAUUCGGGCAAACAGGGCAUCAUUCCACGUAUCGUGAAUGACAUUUUCAAUCACAUCUACACGAUGGAAAUGAAUUUGGAAUUUCAUAUUAAGGUUUCGUACUAUGAAAUCUAUAUGGACAAGAUUCGUGAUUUAUUGGAUGUGUCCAAAAUUAAUUUGAGUGUGCAUGAGGACAAAAAUCGUGUGCCGUAUGUAAAGGGUGCUACGGAGAGAUUUGUAUCAUCGCCGGAAGAUGUGUUCGAAGUCAUCGAGGAGGGCAAAUCGAAUCGUCACAUUGCGGUAACAAACAUGAACGAGCAUUCAUCACGUUCCCAUUCAGUAUUUUUGAUUAAUGUCAAACAAGAGAAUCUGGAGAAUCAAAAGAAAUUGUCGGGUAAAUUGUACUUGGUCGAUUUGGCUGGUUCCGAAAAAGUUUCUAAAACUGGUGCCGAAGGUACGGUCCUGGACGAAGCCAAAAACAUUAACAAGUCGUUGUCGGCUUUGGGUAAUGUCAUCUCUGCCCUGGCCGAUGGCAACAAAACGCACAUACCCUAUCGUGACUCUAAACUGACGCGUAUUCUUCAAGAGUCUUUGGGUGGUAAUGCACGCACAACCAUUGUCAUUUGUUGUUCUCCUGCCAGUUUUAACGAGUCUGAGACCAAAUCUACUCUCGAUUUCGGUCGUCGCGCCAAGACUGUGAAGAAUGUUGUGUGUGUCAAUGAGGAAUUGACCGCCGAAGAAUGGAAACGCCGCUACGAAAAGGAGAAGGAAAAGAACGCUCGUCUCAAGGGUAAGGUUGAGAAGUUGGAGUUGGAAUUGGCACGCUGGCGUGCAGGUGAAACUGUCAAUGCCGACGAACAAAUCAAUGUGGAUGAGCUUAUGGAGGCCAGCACACCCAAUUUGGAAGUUGAGGCUGCUCCGGCGCCGAACUCAACCACUCCUAUGCCAGCCACACCGGCUGCCGGUCUCAUGUUGGGCUCUAUAAGUGGCGACGAACGCUCCCGUUUGGAGGCAGAGCGUGAGCGAUUGUAUCAACAAUUGGACGAAAAGGAUGAGGAAAUCAACCAACAAAGCCAGUAUGUUGAAAAUCUCAAGGAACAAAUUGUCGAGCAGGAAGAGCUCAUUGCCAAUGCAAGACGUGAGUACGAAGCCUUGCAGUCGGAAAUGGCUCGCAUACAGCAAGAGAAUGAAUCCGCCAAGGAAGAGGUCAAAGAAGUUUUACAGGCUUUGGAAGAAUUGGCUGUUAAUUAUGAUCAAAAAUCUCAAGAAAUAGAUACUAAGAACAAGGACAUGGACAGCCUCAACGAAGAGUUGCAGCAGAAGCAGACGUUGCUUAACACCACCACAACGGAAUUGCAGCAAUUGCGCGAUAUGUCGUCACAUCAAAAGAAACGCAUCAACGAAAUGUUGUCCAAUCUGUUGAGAGAUUUGGCUGAAGUUGGCCAAGCCUUAUCGUCGGUUGAUUCUUCCAUUGAUAUGAAGAUGAAUAGCAUACCUAGUGCUGGUGACAGCGGCAAGGUGGAGGAGGACUUCACCAUGGCCCGUCUGUACAUUAGCAAGAUGAAGACGGAGGCCAAGAAUAUGGCUCAACGUUGCACCAACAUGGAAACCCAGCAAAUCGAUUCCAACAAGAAACUAUCGGAAUACGAAAAAGAUAUGGGUGAAUAUCGUUUGCUUAUUUCCCAGCAUGAGGCUCGCAUGAAAUCCCUUCAGGAAUCCAUGCGCGAGGCGGAAAAUAAGAAGCGAAACUUGGAAGAACAAAUCGACUCGUUGCGCGAAGAAUGCGCCAAACUUAAGGCUGCCGAACACGUGUCGGCCGUUAAUGCCGAAGAGAAACAAAGAGCCGAAGAACUCCGCUCCAUGUUCGAUUCGCAAAUGGAUGAGUUGCGCGAAGCGCACACAAAACAAGUGUCGGAAUUGCGCGAUGAAAUCAUUGCCAAGCAACAUGAAAUGGAGGAAAUGAAGGAUGUGCAUCAAAAGCUGAUUUUGGCCCACCAGCAAAUGGCAACCGACUACGAGAAGUUGAAACAAGAAGAGGCUGAAAAAUCCAAUAAAUUACAGGAAAUAAUACUCACCAAUGAGAGGCGUGAACAGGCUCGCAAAGAUCUCAAGGGUUUAGAGGAUACGGUGGCAAAGGAAUUGCAAACAUUGCACAAUUUGAGAAAAUUAUUUGUGCAAGAUCUGCAGGCCCGCAUCAAGAAGACCGUGCUGAAUGAGGACAGUGAAGAGGACGGUGGCUCUUUGGCCCAAAAACAAAAAAUAUCUUUCCUUGAGAACAAUCUGGACCAACUAACCAAAGUGCACAAACAAUUGGUGCGCGACAAUGCCGAUUUACGCUGUGAAUUGCCCAAAUUGGAGAAACGUUUGCGCACCACCAUGGAGCGUGUCAAAGCAUUGGAGACAGCGCUAAAAGAAGCCAAAGAAGGUGCUAUGCGUGACCGCAAACGCUAUCAAUACGAAGUGGAUCGCAUCAAGGAAGCCGUGCGACAAAAACACUUGGGCCGUCGCGGUCCCCAGGCGCAAAUUGCUAAACCCAUACGUGCUGGUCAGGGUGCAAUUGCCAUUCGUGGUGGUGGUGCCGGCGCUAAUCCCACACAAAUGCCUCAAGCAAGUGCUGUUAGUUCGUAAAAAGAUUACUUUGUAAUUUUUACAGUUAAUAUUAAUCUAAAACUAUUAUAAUUAUAAUUACGAUUAUUAUUAUUAUGAUUUUCUUUUUUUCUUUUUUUUAUAAUUUCCUCUUAAUAACUUUUUUUUUUUUAUUUCCUAAGCAACAAAUUUAUUACGAAGAGAAAGUUAAAGAAAAAACCCAAUCAACCAAACACCCUCUAAAUUAUAUAUAAAUAUGAAUAGAAAUGAUAACAAUUUUGUAGUUGCAAACGGUGUUUUUUUUUUAAUUCUGU